AUGCCUCACCCAGGAAACCCCUUAUACUUCAAGGAAACGAUCCCCGGCGACUGGAGCGUCAAGGACUACGUGAAGUUCCAAGUCGAGCGUUCAGAGAGGACACCCCGACAGAUCUCCGACGGGUGGCAUAGGUCGCUUAGAGUUAUAGCCGACUGCAAGGACGACUGUUGUACUCAAGACGAGAUCGAUCAAGCUAACGUUCAUCAUGGGCGGUGGAAGAAUAAGAAAACAGCGGACCGAAAGUAUCUCUCCCAGUGGCUAGAAGAACAAGAAGCCAAGAAGAAGAAGGCAAAGAGUACCAAUUCUUUCCAUAUCGGCUCCGUGGGGACGCUGUUUGCUGGCCCUGUCAAUAGUGUCUAUAAUAAUGGUGAAGGAGCUUCUUCUUCUGCUUCUGCCGCUGCUACUGUGAGUAGCGGCGAUGUACCCGAAGGGCUGCAAACUGUGGCCCCAGCGGCGGGCGAAGAAGAAAUCGGUGCGGCCAUAGCAGUCCCCAAGGACAAUAUUGACUUCCAUUAUCUCCUGAACAGCUUCAAGAGCACCUAUGAGAAGAUGGGGACCAAAACCCUCAUUAGUCCGGGGAAGUACCUCGAGACGGAGGUCUACAACACCGUUAUUGAGAAAGUCGCCGGCGGCUUCAAGGAAAUGAACCAGCUGUUCUUGUGGGUGAUUAAUCCCGACGAUCCAAUUGUAGUGGACUGGUUUCCCGAGCUAUUGGGGUGGAUUAAAGAUGAGAUAAUGCCAAUGCCGGCGGUUCAUCCGUCCGUGAUCUAUGCAAUCUCUGGAUUUAGUGGUUUUUCUACGGCCGAGGAGUAUCGUGAGUAUACGUAUACGGGAUAUAUGAAGUGUUAUGAUAAGGAGAAGAAACGCUUUGAUGCGGCCUGGGCCCAUAAUGCUAUGCGUCACCUGAUCUCCUUAGUUUGUGACACCAACGACUUGCUCUUGUCCGAUGAGCUACUUGAAGGAUCUCUGGAGUGUACACUCUGGGCUAACCUUGUUGAUCUCCUCCUCGCGGACGUUCUCGUAGCCCGACGCCGAGAUUCGUCGUUAAUGGCGUUCAAAUCCCGCCCCGACAUACUCCAAGGCACUGACCCGCAUUUCGACGCCGUCAUCUGUAACCAGGUGCGCUCCCGCACCACCAACUCUUCCCAGUUCCGAGCCCCAGAUGAGUGGGGCCUCAUUGAGGUGGCGCGUAAGAACGAUGGCCCAGACUCUCCGAAGUGGAAGAAGGACAAUCUGAAGAUGCUGAGAGGGCUCUGUGCGUUGAUGCGUUAUGUUGGGGAGUAUGUUGACUAUGACGAGGAGACGCUGAAAAAGUUGCAGUUCCCAGGAUUGAUACAGGCUGGUCUGGAAACAAUGACUAUCCGCCUCACCUGCGUGGGCCGCGUGUUCAUCAAGCAGGAGGGCGACCUGAGGAAAGUUCCUACUAGCAUCAAAACCAUCCCCCAAGCCUUUGAGCUCCUAGAGUCCCUAUGGCUGUUCAAGAAAAUGAUGGUCGACUGCCGGGAAGCUGUACAAAGCUACACAGAGCGGGAGGGGAAGGCACUUAAGCCCGUGGCUCCUACGAGCCCGAAUACAUAUUAUCGUGAGAGGCUGUAUAAACCGGGGUCUCUUUAA